AAUCACUUUAUUCCAAAGAGUCAGUGUAUGACCUACUCCCUAAAGAGCUUCAGUUACCCCCGGCCGAACAGCAGGACAAACCCACCAUGAGCCAGAAAAGUGGUGGAGAGUCUGGACCUCCUCCUCCAGCUGCCUUGGCAUCCGGUAGGACACAUUUCGCAUGUCUUUUAUCUCUCCGAUUUUAUCUCAGUCUGAAGCUAGCAAGUCAUUUCUGACAGGCUUUGCUCAGGUCUUGUCUCUGCUGUGGUGUGUCUAUGGGAUGUUGUCUUUCCUUCCAUUCCUUGCCCGUUCUCAUUUGGAUUCCUUUGUGUUGACGGGGAUACUGCACUUUUCUUUUAUUUCUUUGUUUUAGCAUUUGUUUUAAACGCUGCGCACCUUUUGUAUUUAUAGUGUUGCAAGACUUGGACUUCCUGUUGCACUUUAUUAGCUUUAUAUUUUUAAACUGCAUACACAUCCUUGUCUUUCUUGAUUUUUUCAUUUCUUUCACAGUUUUUUAGUCUCUUUUGUUGACUUUGCAGACUAACUCAUUUCAUAUGAUUUGUCCUGUCUCCAUUGAAACUGUUGAAAAGAGUUUUUUUGUUGUUGCUGUCAGUGGAGUAAAGUGCUUUCCUGAAUUUUCUCAGAUCAUGGGUGUCUGCCCGCUGAGGGCAUGCUAUGGUUGAAGAAUAUAACCAGCAUUUGCCAGGUGGCAGAGGUCAUUAAAACAUUAGAUGAACUGUCAAAUAAUUUGAUGAAAGUUGAUUUUUCGGCUUUGUCUACAAAUUGCCUACAUAAGGGUGAGGCCUUAUUUGGGAUUUUUCUCUUUCUCCUCUGUUGGAAGACUAUUGUUUUUUUUUCAAUUAAUUAACAAAUAAAAUGAUUGUACUUCAAGGGCUGGGCGAUAUAUAAAUACAUAAAAAUAACAUAUAAUAUACAAAUCAUAUUUUUCAGAGAUGCGCCGAUAUAUCGGUAAAUAAUCUGUAUCGGUCGUUUAAAUCAAUCAAUCAAAAAAAAAUGCAAUGAAUUUGUGCUUCGUAUAUAUAAAAUGUAAAAAAAUUACCGUUUGAUGUUCAAUAUUAUUAUUCAUUGAUUCGCAUGAAUUACUAACAUUCAAAAAGUUCAGAAAUAUAGUAUGUAGUAUCGGUGACUGCAGAUAUCACUCGGAAUAAUCGGCUAGCGGAUGGAUGAAGAGGUUUAGUUUUGGUGCAUCUCUAAUACUUUUUGUUUUAACUGUGAUUUCAGAUGAGGGGAUUAAAAAUAGCACAAUGUGAAAAGUAAAAUACUGUAAAAUAUACUUGAAUAUAUCAAUAUGUGUAGCUAAAUAUUUAAAGUAAUUACUUUUAUAUACAUAUUUGAGUGAUGUUUUGAACAAACUGAUUGCUGAAAACUAUUUUGAUAUGCUAAAUCAACACCCCUAAAGAUGAUAUGAUCUAGAGAUAAAAAUGUUGUCAAUGUUUAAUCACCUUCAUUCAUUUCAAACCCAUAUGACUUUCUAUCUUCUGAUCAGGCUACAUGGUAAAUGCAGCGCUGUUCACAAUACUGAACUUGUAAAUUUGUAUAAAUGUCCGUGUGGAAAUGCCGCUCAUGCUUGCUUUCUGGCAAAAUAUAAAUCCUUUUUUUUCCAAAGAAGGAAGUCAGACUGGAUUGUAAUGAAAUGGGAGCGAGUAAAUUAUGACACAUUUUAAUUUAUUUAUUUUAUGUAUGUUUCAUUGGUCUUUUCCUUUGAUGAGGUUUAAAUUAAAUGCACUAUUAAAAUAUCUCUAACAAGUUCUGUGAUAUACCUGAAAUAUAAUAAUAAAGUUGAAUUAAAAUGAAAUAUAUCGCUCAGCCCUAAUUCAAGCAUUAUUGUGAUCUGCAAGUAGCCAGGUUAAUGCUACACUACUUCCUGUUUUGACAGGAAGCUGAGGGAUCUUAAAGCGAACCUGCCCAGACUAAUUUCUGUGUUUUUGCAGCAAUAAAUUUGAGGGAGUUCCCUCUGAAUCAGGGAGAGUCUGCAUAUAAAAUGGUCAGCAGUUCUCUGCUUCGUAGGUCAGAAGCUUGUUUAUUCUGUCUCCAUGGCUACGUUCAGUCCCAACCAAAUCGCCCAAUUGGCAUGCAUUAGACGACACCUCAGAAUUAUCAUUGGCCAAUGUUAUUUGUCUGUGAAAAGCUGCUUUGAAAAGAUCAGCACUGGCUUAUGCAGUAGCGCCCACAAAUGCUCUGUAUACCCCAACGCAUGUUUCGUUUAGCAGUUUUAUAUGGUAGGACUGAAAGUUUUUCGACCGCUUUGAUUGAAGCUUUAACAGAUAUUUGGUAAAACUACAAAGGCAAAUCCCUUAUGUAUGAAUAUAAAGGAACAAAGUAAGGUGUAGUGAUUUGGCCUAAAUAAUUACUUUAAUUUAACAUAUAACGCAAAAACAAUCAAAACAGAUAAAAGGCAAUGGCUAAAUAUCAUGGCGUGUUUCACUGCUUGAUCGGGACUGCUAGCCAGGCCUGCAGAGACCGUUUUAUUGACCUUCUGUACUGUGCACACUACAGAUGCCGCCGCCACUUGCGCCUCCGUCGCCUCCUCUGGAGGCCUCAGCAGUACACUUCCUUCCUGUCCCAGCAUGCUCUCUGCUACCUCAGCCCAAGAGCAGACCUCCAGGGUGCACAGUGGUCUUGCCGCAGAAGGAAUGGGAGCAGAGCCUGGUUCGCUGAUGACCAUCAGCGGGGUAGGUGUGGGCGAUGCUGCCGGGAACGCGCAGAGUCAGGCAACCCCCUCGAAGCGACGGACCAUCCUGAGCAUUUCACCGCCUCCCGAAGAUCUGCUGGAUGACAGUCGCAUGUCCUGCCAGGAUGACCAGCUUCCCAACCCGGACUCGGAGCAGAGCAGCACCAUCUGGAUGGAAGACUCGGUCUCCAACUUUAGUAUGGCUAGCAACACUUCGUACAAUGACAACACUGAAGUGCCCCGAAAAUCUCGCAAGAGAACACCUCGCCAGCGCCCGGGGCCCAAACCUGCAGCCAGAGAUGAAGCGGGCAUGGAUGUGUUUGAUGCGGACAGCGCAAAAGCGCCACACUUUGUUCUUUCACAGCUGGGAUCAGAUGCCAAAGUCACACCCAAAGUGAGCAGCUCCUUAGAAGUGUCAAACAAUCAGAAAGGCGGUGUCCUCUCCAUUCAGUAUCCACAGAAGAGCGAAGGGAAGGAGCUGAAGAUUUUGGUUCAGCCGGAGACUCAGCACAGGGCGCGAUACCUCACAGAGGGCAGUAGAGGGUCUGUCAAAGACCGGACACAGCAAGGGUUCCCAGCGGUCAAAUUAGAGGGAGCCAAUGAACCAGUGGUGCUUCAAGUGUUUGUGGCGAAUGACGCUGGACGUGUGAAGCCUCAUGGCUUUUAUCAAGCCUGCAGAGUGACUGGGCGCAACACAACGGCCUGCAAAGAGGUGGACAUUGAAGGGACCACAGUGAUUGAAGUAAACCUUGAGCCAAGCAACACUAUGACCCUCGCCGUGGACUGUGUUGGAAUCUUAAAGCUGAGGAAUGCUGAUGUUGAAGCUCGUAUUGGUGUAGCCGGCUCAAAAAAGAAGAGCACUCGUGCUCGCUUGGCCUUUAGAGUCAAUAUCCCGAGACCAGAGGGAUCCGUUCUGACACUUCAAACUCUUUCCUCUCCCAUCCUAUGUACUCAACCUGCUGGAAUUCCUGAAAUCCUGAAGAAGAGUCUUCAAAGUUGCCCGGUUGCAGGAGGAGAGGAGGUCUUUAUUAUCGGCAAGAACUUUCUCAAAGGAACCAAAGUGAUUUUUCAGGACAAUUCUGCAGAUGAGAGCGGUUGGAAUGCUGAAGCAGAGAUUGACAUGGAACUUUUUCAUCAGAAUCAUCUAGUAGUGAAGGUUCCCCCAUAUCAUGACCAAACAAUUACUUCUCCAGUGUCUGUUGGAAUAGCAGUGGUGACAAAUGCAGGGAGAACGCAUGAUUUCCAAGCUUUUACUUACACACCUUUAACAGAGAGUGUUGACAUCCCAGUUAAGUCAGAAUUGCCAGCCACAGUCAAAGCCUGUACCUUUGAAGAGCAGAUAAAAGCAAUGCAAACCGAGAGCAGUUGUCUAAACAAUGUAUUAAUGUUACCUAUGGUCAAACGAGAAGAACCUAUGGAAGUCUCUUGCAAUGCAACACCUUCAGACUUGUUCAAGCCUGUAGAGGAAAUCAGUUCAACCCAGCAAAUUUUGGAGAUAAGUACAGUCCUUCCCUCUGGCAGUAAGUCUUUUCCAAGCCCUGUGCCUCUCCAGCCAGUUGACACACAACAGCCAUCGGCACCAAUUUUUAACUCUCAAGAAACAUUGUCCACUAUUCAGAAGCAGGACAUUCCCUCACCCGCAUCGUUCCAAGUGUCCUUGUCAGAAGACACAACAGUUCUUCAGCCUGUUCCUCCUCAGGUACCUCAACAGUUCCUGCGGGAAACUCCUGAGACGCUGUCUCCUGAAGAUACAGGUGCAGAUGGAAGUGGAAUGGUAUUGGUUGGCAUGGAAUCUCGGUCAACCCCAUCGCAGCCACCACAGGUUCAGACGCUUUUGCCCCAAGAUGGGGUAACGCAGCUGGAGAGAGCAGUAAGAGAACUGCAGGCACAACAGCAGCUUAAUUCUGUGCUUUACAGCCCAGCACCAUCUGCCGAAAGUCUUCAGCAACACGUCCAGGAAAAUAUGAACAGUUUAAGGCUGGGAGGAAAUGAGAGUACUCUAAACAACCAGCUUCAGCAGCAGCAAGAGCAGAAUAUUUUGGAGAAUUUGCAGCAUCAACAACAGAAGGCACUUGUGGAUCUACAACAUCAACAGACAGUCCUUGAAAAUUUGCAACAGCAUCAACAAGUUUUGGAAAAUCUCCAGCAGCAGGCACUUGGCAACUUGCAGCAGCAGCAGCAAACGCACAAGGUUUUAGAGAAUCUGCAGCAUCAACAACACCAUCAGAAAGUUCUCGAGAACAUUCAGCAACAAAGUUCUCUAGUGACUCUGCAGCAUCAGAAAGUUCUGGUUAAUCUCCAUCAACAACAACAGCACCAGAAAAACUUAGAAACACUUCAGCAUCAGGAAGUGUUAGAGAACCUAAAGCAGCAACUCCAGUCAGAGCUUCUGCAGACACAGAUUCCCAUGCAAUGCACACCCAGCUUCUCCAGUGAUCAGCCAAGCUCCACCCAUGGUAGCAAUCUAUCACAGUCAUCUGAAGGGUUUAUUCAGAACGCACCCCAGCAGCAGAUCCAGCAGCAGACUGGAAUUUUCCAACAAACAAGAGGUCUUACGACCAUUCAGACAUCCAGCUUUUUGCAGCAGCCACCCUCUCAACAUUCGCCUCCACGGCAACUUUUUCAGAGUCACAACCCCUUGAAUGAAACACAAGACUCGCAGACAGUCCUCUUCGGAACCACAAAGUCGCCGCAGGUCCAAGCAACCUUAUUUUCCGGUACCAUGACAAUGCUAGCAAGCACCAAUCUAUCCUCAGAGCAACAGGCCCCUUCAACGAGUCUGUAUAUUGCGCAAAGCGUGUUGCCCAGCCAGCUACCGUCGGAUAACAACCAGAACCAACAGCAACAACAGAUAACUUUCCUGACACCCAUUCAGGCAUCUGGAACAGACCCUCAGACUGUCUCCCUUUUUCAGGGACAAUCCCAGCUGUCCACUCCAAUGGAACAACAGUCUACCCAACAGCAACAGAUGCCAACAUCCCAACAAGCCUCACUUUUCCCAAAUAUCCCCACAAUGUCCCAAAAUCAAGCACAGCAGCAACCGCAGACAGGCAUAUUGUUCUGUACCGGAACCCUGAACCCCCAUGAUUUGCCCCAGGCUCUGAUAUUCAGUGGUCAGAACCAGGGAUCAAUAGGUAGUGACCGGCUACCAGAGAAUAUCUUUCAGGAGCAACAACCCAUGCAAGUUGUCCCCAGCUCUGAAAACGUUACUGUGAACAACUCCUCCAACCAACCCACUGUCCCCGCAGUCCAGUCUCAAAACCCAUCGAUUAUUUUUCCAUCAGCCGCUGUAGUACGCGUAACCCAACAAGACUCAUUAGAGCCCAUGUCUUUUCAAGAUCAGAGCUCCAUGAGUGACUCAUCUGCCAGUUUGCCUUCAACGCGGACUGAACUAUUUCAGGACCAGCAACCUAUGCAGGUUGUUCCCAGUGCCACCAGCGUAACACCCGUCUCUCCCACGGACCAACCUUCUGUCAACAUUUUUUUGCCUCAAUCAGCCAUUUCAGCCCUACAGGGUGGAGUAGGUGUUCAAGAUAUGCCUCAAACUGGCACAGCAACCACCAUCUUUAGGGGACAGAGUGGCGUUGCAGUCGGCAGUCUCCAGAACACCACACCUAACUCAACUCCGCAACCUCCCAACCAACUCUUUCAGACAGCUAUUGGGGGGACUCUAAGUCAACCUGGACAGCCAGGACAAGCAGGCCUAUUUCUCUUUGAGAUUCCCAGCGAAUGUGGACAGCUAAUAAAUUCUCCUGGUCCGGCAUUGCCAGAACAGCUCGUCACCAUGGGGCAUCCCGGUUCGGAUCAGAGUCAGAGCCAACUUCAGACCAGUGCACAGAUUCAGACCAUACUGGACCAGUCCAACAACCUUGAUGAUAAGAUAGAUGAACUUCUUGAACGUUUUCAAGAGCAAGAAAAGACGCUCCCUCGGGAUUUCUUGGACCAUUGAAGAUAAGUAGUUUGAAACCUCACUUCAGUAGGCCACCGUCCACACUUCUUGUCAAUCUUACGUAUUUAUUGUCUAACUUUUGGCUACAUCUGUCAAAUGGGGGUCUUCCCUUAUAUGUAUGUUUCUGAAAGCUUCUAGUGUGGUGUUGGAUCUCAGCAUCACAACAUCUUUUCUUGAUGGGUCCAGUUCAUUGAGGCCAAUGUUUGGCAUGUCAACAUAUCAUGUGACCCAUUAAGACAUAAAGUAUAUUGGCACUUUGUUACUUUGUAUUGUGUUCUUGACUUCCACUUGAACUUCUUCAAUUAUUAACAUCAUUUAUCUGGUUUUAGUAGAAACUCACCUAGGUUGGUGUCAACUCCAAAACGCUCUGUUGCCGUUGAGAUAACAAAUACAUUGUGAAUGAAUCUGAAAUAUAUUUAGCACUUUAGGGAGUAUCUACUCCCUUUAAGCUUUGUAACCCAUAUGUGUCUACUUGGUUGUCAAAGCUUUGUUUUCAUAGUCAUAAUGCCUUUCUAAAAAUAUGUUUUGUUAACAUGUUUUUUUGAGCCAUGUUUCAUGUUUUUGUUUGUUUGAAUUCAUGUCUGAAUCCUAAUAUCACAUUGUACCAAUUAUACAAAGUCUAAAUGCCCAAUGUACACUCCUUCCCACCUUCUGUUUCCUUUUAAUUUAAUCUUAUUUACAGUAAACAAGAGGUCCAACUUUUAAUCAUGAAUUUCUACAAAGGUUGUGUAAGCGUGCAACAUGAGAGAUAUGUGAACAUGUAAAGAUAUGUGAGGUCGGAUUGUUUUAUCACUUUACACACACCGGACUUUCUACGGUAUGAUGACUUUCGUUUGUUUGUUUGUGUGCUCAGGAAAUAGAGCACAUAGAUGUUCAAAGUUCAUAAGAUGCAGCAACAUUCUUGAUUUUGAAUUGUGUGGUCCAUGGAGAUCUUUAGACAAGCACAAGCUUGCGAAUAGUCUUUGUUGGGGUUUCUAUUCGCAGGUGUGUCCCAUCAGUACUUUAAUCGGUUAGGUCAGCCUGAAAAAGCCAAUAUAGUCAUCAUUUACUCACCCUCAGGUGGUUACAAAACCUUUGUGGCUUAUGUUUUGGGGAGCAUGAAAGCUGAUACUGUAAAGAAUGUUCACGUUGUGAUCAUUACAUUAGCUUUAAAAGUACAUUAGCGUUAUACAAAUUUCAUAUGAUUCUUGUGCUUUAUUUUAAUACUGAAAUCUUAAACUAUCAUAAGGAGGAAACUAAAACCGUAUUAGUUACAGGCUUUUCUCCACUAUGAAAAUAAGUGUAUAGUAAAGAUCAACUUGAACAUUCUUGAUGGUAAGUAAACGAUGACAGUACUGUUGUUUUGUGAACUAUCCCUUAUAUAGUACACAUUCUUUUGAGAGUUUAAAUAGCAGUUACGUCCAUAUUUUCCCCUGAAUGUUUAGGUCAGGAUUGGUUUGGGAAAGAGAAAUUGGAAACAAUCUUUGGUACUAGCCUUUCCUUAGACAUUUUGCCAUUAUUCUGACCUACAGAAAUGACGAUACUUAACAAGUAAUACAAUUCUGACUAUAUCUACAUCUAUUUGGAAGGGAGAAAAUUGAUCAAGAUACAUCCUGCAAUCUAUGAAGAUAAAGCUUCAUACCAUCAGUGCAUGACAAUCUCAUACAAAUUAGUUUUCAGUUAAAUUAGAUUAGGUCAGAAAUCACAAACGUCAUUCCUAACUGGAAGACCUCUCUACAUGUAGUGAAGAAGGGGCGCUAUACGCUAGGAAGUAAGUCAUACAGGGUUAAAUCUCUCACAUUGACAAAAUACUGCUACAUUUUUUACAUUCUACAUUCAAUUGAUUUUGUUUACAUUGGUUAUCAUUUGGGAUUUGGGUUGGGUUCAGGGGUUCAUUGUAACGUUUAUUGUGAUUACAUUGUGGAGGGUGGGUGUUUUACUUCCUCUUAUACAUUUUCUAUGUCAGGGUCACCUUUACUGAAGAGAUCUUUUUUUGUUGUAGAACAUAUUGAAUCCCAUAUAUUUACGUAUUCAUGGACACAUGCAGUCUUUUUAAUACAUUUGUAGGAUAAUACAAAAGUGUACUCGAUUUUUAAAAGCAGCUUUUGCAAACAUAAUGUGAGUAGUUCUUCAUAAACAUUGAUAUGUCGGUUUUUUUUACGUCAUCCCCUUUCUUGCCUUUAUAUUCUUUUUUAGAAUAUGCUUGAUGUAAAAUUGGCAUAACAACAUGUAAAUAGUAUACCGGCCGUUUUAAGUGUGCUGUUCCUUUGUGAGGUAGCAGUUUGUUAAAUGCGUGCUCUCUUUGUAGUCAAACACAAUAUCUCACCUGUAAGUGAGGCAUACAUACAGUAUUUUUGUAAGGCUGAACUUUGAAAUGUACUGUGUACAUUUGAAACAUUUAAAAGUGAAUUUUGUCCCUUCCGCGGUACUGUACUUCAUAUGUCCAGAACGGUGAAAAUGAUGGUUUUGUCCCCAUCACUGUGUUACAAAAUGGAAAUUGUUAUGUGUUUGGUUGGUAAUAGGCUGUUCAACCAGUGGUUAUGAGUAUGCGUGGGUUAAUCUCACACACAAUGUCCAUAUUUUAUUUGAAAUCAAGAAUACAUUUAAAGCAAUUAUGUUUCCGUAAAGAAAAUUGUGCCUAUUUAAAUGCAUUAUUAUUACUGUUAUUAUUACGUUUUUGCAUUGUGACAUUUUUGUGAUUUACCUUACUAAUAAAAUAAAUCUUAUUGUUGUAAUGGUUAAAAACAAUGGAUAAAUUGUGCAAUUCUAAAUCUUAAUUGUAUUUGUUGCAUCAAAUUGAUACUACUUUACAUAACAACGAAGCUAAACAGGAGUUUUUAACGUUACAAGAGAAUAUGAUGGCAAAUAUGCUUUAUCGUCAUAAAAAUGUCAAGAUGCAAUAAAAUAGCAAUGAUCCUAAAGUAAGCUUAUUUUUCUUUUUGCAAAAUCUUCUUUCUUUUCAGAAAUAUGAGUCGUUUUUUUGUGGCAUAAUGGCUACUGUUCUGGAACUUCAGUUCCAUACAAAGCCAUAAAACUCUGAAAGCAGACUCGCUGAAUGUGUGUUUUAUCUCAUGAUGUAGGAAAUAGAUUCACACUACAUCUAACCUAAGGACCAACUAAAAAAAUCAUCCUCUUCUUUCUCAAAACAAGGCAGCAAAAUCAGCUUCUUUGUAAUUAAACCGACUGUUUGUUCUUUCUUGGUUCUUGGACACUUCUUUAAAAGUCAUACUGUAUGUACUGUAUCAUGAACAAGCGACAGCGCAUUUCUGCACAGAUUUAUCAUUACACAAACUUUUAAAGAAAUUAUUUUACUUUCCAUCAUAUUGUGCUUUUUGAUUGAAAGUACUUUGUGCCUUUGCAAGCCUUUCCUCUUACUUCUAAGGACCUUUGUAUAUAAUUCAAUACUUAGAUGUUGGGAUUAGUAGGUCAACUUAAUCCAGAAAGAAAAGACUACGGUCUUGUUUAGUUGACAUUGUUUUGUCCAGUCAAAAUGUCAAUAAUGAAGUCCAUCGGUGUAGUCUAGGAAAUAUCUGACCAUUUAUAUCACGAAACUGCUAUGCAGCCUUCACUCACUGUUAUUUUUUAUAUUUUAUUUUAAAAACGUUGUGUCAUUCUCAUCCAUCGGUGGUUAUGGCCUCUGAUAUUUGUGGUGAGGUAAAAGAGGGUAAUGGAUCUCCAAGAAUUUAUAGCUGUUAAAUACAAACAAGGUUUGAAGUGAACGCUCACCCGUCACCAGCAGUUGUUUGUGCUCUUAUUUUGUGUGCGUGUCUGUGUAUUUGUUUGUGUGGGAGUAUUGUAAAUACAUUCUUCUCACACGUUCUUGAUUUUUGUUUGAUGUGAUUAAUGUCAAUUGCUUUUAAAGUUGUCAUAGUGUUAACAGUUCACUCUUGAGUUUAUAAGAAUGAGAUUCAGUGUUGUGAAGAAACGUGAACUAAUGACAUUUGACGUUAAUCAACAUGUAUUUUGCUUUAAUCAGUACAUUUGUACACUCCUGCAGUUAUAUUUCUGUAAGUUGUGCUGCUAAACGAAUAAAGAUAGAUAUGAAGUUC